UCAUGUGGCUCAGUCUGAAGCCAGAACCUCCCUUUUAAGGGGAGUGGAAAAGUGGGGUAUUUACUAUUCUCCCCAUAAACUGUGCAACAGUUCACUUUCAAUUUUGGAGACUUGUGACAACUACAAAAUACUUCUGCCUGGCUUUGUUUACUGAGAAUUGCUAAGAUGUCCUCCAGUAAUACUUCAAACUAUGACUAUGAUUCAGAUCCUGUGGUGGAGGAGAUAAAAAAACAGAAUGACUACGUAAACACACUCCGACUGCUAUACUUCAUUGGAUACCUUAUCAUCUGCACCCUCGGCCUGCUUCUCAACCUUCUGACAAUUAUUGCAGGCAGCUGUUACUACAAGUCGGACACUGCUAAGUGGGUCGUGGCGUUAGCUGUGACCCAUUUUCUCUGCUCAGCUUUCCUGCCAUUGCAGAUUCUCUACAGCUGGUAUCACUUCAACUGGCACUAUGGAACAGCUCUGUGCAAACUCUCCUCCUAUGUACUUUAUACCAGCAUGUUCUCCACAGCAGGUAUACUGACCCUAUAUAGUGUCUCUGAUGGGAUCCAGUGCAGACAAUUUAAGUGCACUCCAUUCCGGCAUUCAUCAGGAGUCCUGAUCAUGAUUCUGUGCUCCUGGGUAUUUGCAGUGUUCUUAAGCAUCCCGUCUUUGUACUUCCGACAGCUUCAAUACACAACGCUGGGGGAGGAGUGUGUUGACGUCUAUGAUUCUGGUGAUAAGACAGCACAAAUCGUCAUAGUUUGCUAUAGGUUCUUACUUGGGUUUUUGAUCCCUGCAUUUUUGAUUGGCAUCUGUUGCUUCUGUGAGCAUAAACGGAGGGAAUGUAACUUGAAGCAAAUCAUGGGUUUGAUGAAAUUGGCUUACUUUGUGUGCUGGACUCCACUGCUAUUCAUAGGGCUCCUGCAGACCAAAUCAGAAUUUGUUCCUGAUUUCUCAUACAGAGGGCCUAUUGCUACUGUGCUGGCUGUGGCUCACUGCUGUGUAAACCCAGUGGUCUAUCUUUUGGUGAGUAAAGACUUUAAGAUGCAGUGGAUGAAGCAAGCACAAUCUGACCAAUCAAACAGCGGUUAUAUUUGAUGCCUAGAGGACUACAGACUCUGUAUGCUGUGCAUUUUCUAUUAUUCUACAUGCAUUUAUUCUGAACUUAUGCUUAUGCAUACACAGUAGCAAAAAGUAUAUACAGAUGCAGAGGCAGAUAAUAAUUCAGUAAUUUAUGAAUGAAACUGAUGUGAAUGUAGCUUUGGAUUUAACUUUUUAACAUAAACAUGUCAAACUGACACAUUACACCUUCAAAUAACUGUACAUUGUUCAUUAAUUUUUUUUAUAAUGUAAAAUAACAUGUUUAAGUGUGGAGUCCAAAUAAAACUGAAGUGAACUGAACUGAAUAGUUUUCAGGAAUAUUCUGAGGCAUGAAUACAGGAAAUGGAAAUUAAAGAAUGUGUAUACUCAAAUGAAAUAUUAUUUAGUACAAGAAUAUAACAAUAUAUGUACACACACACACACACACACAUUUUUGAAUAUCUCUGUUUUUAAGCAAAGGUGGUUUAUACUGACUACAGUAUGUUGCACAAGGUGGAGCUCUUCCUGAAAAAUCCGAAAUCUUGAAUGAAUCUGCGCAAGAAAAAAAACAAUCAUGCACACACAUGUAGGAACAGACAUA